AACCACACAAGAUUCUCUCAAACUCUUCAUCUAGAACACAUAGACACACACACUCACUAACGCUUUUAGGUGUUUAAUUCAGUAGAAAAGUAUUUGAAACCUAUGGCUUCUUCUUUUCUUCUUCUGACCAUCCUCCUCUGCAUCUCCUUCUUGUUAUUGUCUGUAAAUGCAAACGAGGUUACAGUCGGUGGCAAAUCCGGUGACUGGAAGAUCCCACCUUCCUCUUCAUACUCUUUCAACGAAUGGGCUCAAAAGGCUCGCUUCAAAGUCGGCGACACUCUCGUCUUCAGCUAUGAAGCGGGUAAAGACUCGGUGCUGCAAGUGACAAGAGAGGCAUACGAGAAAUGCAACACCACGAGCCCGAAAGCCAGCUACACUGAUGGCAACACCAAGGUGAAGCUCGAACAACCAGGUCCUGUCUACUUCAUCAGUGGAAAAGAAGGUCACUGUCAAAAGGGUCAGAAGCUACGCCUUGUCGUCGUCACUCCUCGUAGCUCUGCUUCCUCUCCGGCUCCUUCACCGUCCGACGGUCCCGCCGUUGCUCCUAGCAGUGGUGACGCUGCUAAGCUCACCAGUGUCGUUGGCCUUGUUCUUGGAUUCUUGACGCUUAUUUUGUUGUAAUGAUUUCUUUUCUAUUUAUUAUUUUCUCGAACAUGAGGCAGACAAAUCUUUGUUUCUCUCGCUAGUCUUGUUGUUACUAUUUUAGUAUUAACAAGAUUAAAAUUUAAUUA